AUGAGCACUGAUAGUCCAGUGGAAGCACCAGUGACCGACACUACCCACGUGCAAGCAAAAAUCCGUGCGGGUCUGGAAAAAAGUCGAGGUGUGAACCUUGGCGGCUGGUUGGUGGCUGAAAACUGGAUGACUGGAGACGCCCCGUUCUGGCAAGAGGUUGGUGACGAAUACGUCGGUUCCGGUGAGUACACGGCCAUCACGAAAGCUGUGAAUCCGGACCUUGUCCGAUCGAAGCUGCGUGACCACCACGCGAACUUCAUUACCGAGUCGGAUAUCCGGCAGAUCGCUGCAGUUGGACUCAAUACAGUUCGAGUGCCAGUCGGGUACUGGAUCGUCGGGUAUGACAACCAGGACCCAGCGAACCAGCGGGAGUGGGAAGUGUACCCGAAAGGAACGAUCCAGUACCUCGACCGCCUCAUUCGUGACUGGGGUGUGAAGCACAAUGUAUCGGUGCUCCUGAGCUUGCACGCUGCUAAGGGGUCGCAGAACGGUGCCGAGCAUUCCUCACCUCCGAGUCACGGUCAGUCGUAUUGGAGUCAGUACUCUGAGAACGUCGACAACUCGAUUGAGGUGGUCAGGGUUCUUGCGGAUCGAUACCUCAAUGACGAAGCGUUCCUCGGAAUCGGGCUCCUGAACGAACCUGGUCCGAGCACGAACGAAAGCGUGCUGUACCAAUACUACCAGGACGCGUAUCAAGCCGUGCGGUCCACAGGAAGUGAUUGUGUGCUGAGCAUUGCACCGACACUGCCGAAGCAAAUUCCAGACGAGAUGGUGGGGUUCAUGACAACCCCUGAGUUUACUAACGUCUGGGUCGAGUGGCACCCGUACUUUGUAUGGGGCUACGAGAACAAGACGGACGAGCACUUGUUGAAUGUGUCGCUAAAGACCGAGUACAAAGGGCGUGUGGAAAAGUGGAACGCCCGGCCGGGGCACAACCCGUUGUUCAUUGGCGAGUGGAGCUUUUCCACGGCUUCCAACAUGCUCCGUCAGAACCCCGACUUCUUUUACACCUUUGCAGAGGAACAGCUCAAGGUGCAUGAAUUGGCAGAAGGAGGCUAUACUUUCUGGUCGUGGAAGGCAAGAGGAGUGAACGAGAGCAUCGACGUGGAAGCCUGGUCGCUACAGAACCUACUGGCGGACGACCGCAUCGGCCAAAUGCUGCGCGGCACGGGUCAGUACAAACGCCAAGACUAG